AUGGCUGCAUGUAUUCGAAGAGAGGAAGCCAAAGUGAACAGCCUAAAGUGUAGUCAAAUUGAUCGCUCUUGGCUAUGCUUUCAUCUUCCAUCGCGAAGCAUCCAAGAAGAAUUCAUCUACCAAUAUUUCCUGUACCUACACCCGUACUACCCUCUCAUCAAUGAGAAAGACUUUUGGGAUAUGUAUCUCGACCGAGAUAACGCUGGUGCGACAAAGAAGACAAUGCCGUUACUUGUCUUUCAAGCCAUGCUAUUCUCAGCAUCUUCGUUUGUCUCUUCAGCCGUACUUAAAAAUGCAGGGUACACAAACGUCAAAGUUGCGAGGAGUAUCUUCUAUCGGCGGGCAAAGCUACUCUUUGAUCUCGGAGUGGAAACUGACGCGUUCACCAAAGCCCAGGCAGCUCUCCUUCUCACCUUUCAAUUCUCAUCCGUCGAACCACAUGCCGGAAGCACCUGGCUCGCAAUCGGCAUACAAAACGCGAUAGUCGCCCAAGCGCACAACUUCCAGGCUCCAGGUGCUAGCGCAGAGCAUAAAAAGAAAAGAAAAAUGCUCUGGUGGUCGUUGUUCUGGAGAGACAGAGUAGUCACCUUGGGGCUGCGCAAGCCGCUUCAGAUCACAUCUUCCAGUUUCAAUACCGACAUUGAGCCCAUCACCGCACAUGAUCUUGCAGACGAAAUGGAUUCCUCUUCCGUAUACGACUGUCGCACCAAGAGACACCUAGCAGAUGUCCUCACCUUCCAAUGCCGUCUGGCUAUCAUUCUGACAGAGACUUUGUCCAUUUGUUAUGGCCCCAACGCUUUCGACUUGACAUACUCACUCGAUAACUUUGACAGGACUUUGGCGAGGAUACAAACGGCUCAGAGAGAUCUGGAUAAAUGGAGAAAUGAAGCAGAGCAGAUCGUGAAGCCGUUUCUGAGUAGGCCAGAUGUACAUCGUUCCACGACCCUCAUUUCGAGUGUGAUAUACAUAUAUGCCUAUGCUGCUCAAAUAGCCUUGGGAAAUCACGAAGCGAUGAUGAUUGAACAGCGACAGAAAGGCGUGUCAAUACUUGACGACUCUGUGCUACGAGGCAUUGGCAAAGGCAUCAAUAGCGCAACCACUGAGACAACAAAAUUGGUCAGAUUCAUCGUCCAAGAAGGACUGACUCAGCAUUUACCAAUCUCAGCGAUUGCAUACAUUGCCUUUCCCCUCAUGCUCAGCUCUCUCGAUGAGAUAAUGUCACCCCGAGACCGUGGAACCGAUCAUGAGGAGCUGUUAACGCGAUACCAUGCUCAAGCUAUGCACUUGUGUAGUCAACGGUUUGAAGGUGCUGUGGAUAUUAGUAGGAUGAUUGCACAAAUCGUUCAGUCAACACCACUGCAAUUACCACUUCGCUCAAGACCAACCGAGUCUGAGAGCCCCGCGACGGAAGAGUCAAUAACGCCAAGGGGUUUGACAGGAUACUGGGAUGACUUGUUUGUCACGCGCAACUACAUGAAACUACGACUGUCGCUCGACUAUGCUCUCAUCACUGGAAGGCCACCCAACUCCACUGACAUUCCAUCUUGGCUUCUCCGAGACUCUGGGAUCAAGCUGUUCUCAGCCAGCCCAAUAAACAGGCUUUCUGCUAUUACACUCCACCGGCCACGGAAGCGAAGGGCUUCCGAAGGUGUCACUCACACGCCGGCAAUGAUGGAACUUGGCGAAAAGGCGAUGGCAUCUAGGACAGACACAAGUGUUGGUGGAACAGCGCAGUACCAGAUGGCUGUUCAGAAUGAAGGGAGCUGUACGAUUUCACGACCCUUCUUUGAUUAUGAUACCAUUUGGGCAGCGAGCCUAUUUGAAGAGAUAGCAGAUGAGAUCUGGUCAUGA